AUGCCCGCCACCUACUUCAAUUUCUUCUCCCCUCUCCCGCUCAAGGACCUCUACACGCGUGCGGGCGGCGUGACAACGAUGAAAUGCCCCCUGGAGGAAUCAGUGCAGAAGAAUGGGACGGGAGUGGAAAGCAAAUGCCGAGCGCAGAUAAGGCGUUUAUCUGCAGGCCUCAGUCUGGCAGUUUGCUAUGCCGCUAGCUGUGGCGGUAUCGCCACUCUCAUUGGUUCUCCACCAAAUACCAUCUUUGCUGGGCUUGCAUGCAGUCGAUACGGACAUGACGUUCCGCCGAACUUUGGAACCUGGAUGCUUUUCAGCCUCCCCAUCUCCCUACUCUGUCUCACUGCUGCUUGGGUUGUCCUUUGCUUGAUGUUUCUUGGACCCAGCAACCUUUUCAUAUGCUGCAAGAAAAGAAGUCAGUACGCUGCAAAUCCAUUCCAGAGGGAAUUAUGCGAAAAACCAUACUCGACCAAAAGGACGGAAAGUAAAGAAGAAUUGGAACCGCACAACGACAAAGAAGACUGUGAUGACGAGGUCUCGAUAAAUGUUGUUUCCAUCCUCAGGAGAAUUUCCGAGGCAGAACGACAGGCUCUGGGCUACAUGAAAUUUGGUGAAAAAGCCUGCUUGAUCCUCUUCGUACUGCUAAUUGUUCUGUGGAUUACUCGAGAACCGGAUGUGCCUGGAUGGUCUCGUUUUAUGCCAACUGGCAACAGCUCAAGCGGAAAAACUGUGACUAAGCCUAAUUGUCGCGUAAUUAUCAAGCCAACAACCAACAUGGAUGAUGAAAUCGCGGCCAGUACUGAUGCGGAGGCGGGCUGCCAAGCCAUCAUCGCUUCAAUCAUGACCCCAAGCGAGGAUCACGGUGUUAUACCGGUGACUUCAGUGGUGUCACGGUCUAAUUACUCCCUUGAGCAGGGUGACAUCACGGUGAAGAUCCCUGACACAGUCGUGGAUGGUGUAUUCCGUUGGUAUGUUUCCGAACUUGGGUUCCAGUAUGCAUUUCUGGCAUCUGCUGAGGAAGAUGAGAAUGCCCGGAAGAGGAUCAACAGCAGCCUCGUAACCUGGGAACUUGUGCAGAGUCGGAUCUCUUGGGGUGUCCUCAUUCUAAUGGGAGGAGGAUUCGCCCUGGCUGAAGUGGUUUUUGUAAGUUAUUCGGACUAA